AUGUAUCCACUGGACUUUAUUAGAGGGCUGCUUGGUGCCAAGAUAUGCGUGUCUCUGAGAGACGGAUCCGAGUACAGGGGCGUUCUUCGCAUGUUCGAUGAGCACAUAAACCUUGUUCUUACUGAUGUUCUGCAGUCUGCGGAUAAAGAAGUUUUAUUUCUGCGAAGUGAAAAUAUUCUCUCGAUUUCCGAGAACUAA